AUGUCAGCUUCAAGCUAUACAACAAUGGCGCUCGCACUAGACACCAUCUUCCCAAACAAGAACCCGGCUCUGUUCCCGAGAAUCCCGACCCAUUUCUCGAGAUCCCCCAAUAGAUUCCCUCUCCCUUUUCCGGACUCAAACUUUCAAUCGCGAAGCUGUAGAAGAUUCUUCCCGACCCAACCUCCCCGCCUCCCCGCCGCGAGAAUCCAUGCCCUUUAUGGAGAAUCUUCGCCGCAGGUCGCCGGAGACGGCGGCGGAAAUCUCGAUGCCUUCCUGUCUACCCUCGAGUUCCUCAGCCUCGCCUCCUCGGCCGCGGUCUCCGUCUACUUCGCCGUGAGAUGGGGGGUGCAGAAGGGCGCGGGAGACAUAGGGUUUCUGGGUGGCAGGGUUGCGAUGUGGCAGUGUGUGGUGCUGGUGAGCGGCUUGGCGGCCGGGGCGGCGAUACGGCGGCGGCAGUGGAGAAGGGUCUGCAGUGGUGUGGGGUCCUCGAGGGGCUCGUCUACGUAUGGGGAUUCUAAUCUGUUGGAGAGGGUCGAGAGGUUGGAGGAGGACUUGCGGGGCUCGGCCACCAUCGUUCAGGCUCUAGCGAGGAGGCUUGAGAAGCUGGGGAUUCGGUUCAGGGUCACCCGAAAGGCGCUCAAGGAACCCAUUGCUGAGACUGCAGCAUUGGUCCAGAAGAACUCCGAGGCCACUCGUGUGUUAGCAGCACAAGAAGACAUUCUUGAGAAGGAGCUUGGUGAAAUUCAAAAGGUUCUUCUGGCUAUGCAGGAGCAACAAGAAAAACAGCUCGAGCUCAUUCUCGCCAUCGGGAAAGCUGGGAAGCUGUGGGAGACGGGUCGUGUAAAAAGUCAACUUCAGAAAGCAUCCGAGUCACCAACUAAUUCACCAGUGGACAGUGUAGCCAAUCUGGAAAUAGAUCAAAUCGAAAGCCGUGCAUUACAGGAAGAAACCAGCAACGACAGGCCCUAA